UAUAUUUAUAUAUACGCACAUACAAAAGUGCUCUGCCUUCUUAUUCUUGCCCAACUUGCCUCUCUGUUUUCCCAUUUCUUUGUAGAGUUCUAAAACAGAGGAACUCAGCUGCGAAACAGGGAAGACCUCUCGAGGUGGGAAUGGAAUUUAAGUGAUUUAUCCCUUUUGCAUAAUUCAAGAUCUAGAAGGCGAUUUAUUGAACUUUUUUUUGUUGGUGUUUGGUGUGGUGAGAUGAUGAUGUUUGAGGAGAUGGGGUUUUGUGGCGAUCUCGAUUUCUUUUCGUCUGCUCCGGUGAAGGAAGCCGAUGUGUGUGGUCUGCAGUCCGGGGCUGAGGCGGAUGCGGAGGGCGGUGUGGAGGAGGACUACACGGACGAUGAGAUCGACGUGGAUGAGCUGGAGAGGAGGAUGUGGAGGGACAAGAUGCGGCUGAAGAGGCUCAAGGAGAUGAGCAAAGGGAAGGAAGGCGUUGAUGCUGCGAAGCAGCGCCAGUCGCAGGAGCAGGCGAGGCGGAAGAAGAUGUCGAGGGCGCAGGAUGGGAUCUUGAAGUACAUGUUGAAGAUGAUGGAGGUUUGCAAGGCUCAGGGCUUUGUUUAUGGGAUCAUCCCCGAGAAGGGGAAGCCGGUGAGUGGAGCCUCGGAUAAUUUGAGGGAGUGGUGGAAGGAUAAGGUGAGGUUCGACCGGAAUGGGCCGGCUGCUAUUGCUAAAUACCAGGCGGAUAACGCCAUCCCUGGGAGGAACGAGGGGUCCAGCCCCGUUGGGCCGACUCCUCACACCUUGCAGGAGCUCCAGGACACCACCCUUGGCUCGUUGCUGUCGGCUCUGAUGCAGCACUGUGAUCCGCCUCAGAGGCGUUUCCCGUUGGAGAAGGGCGUCCCGCCUCCAUGGUGGCCGACCGGGAAAGAGGAAUGGUGGCAUCAGUUGGGCUUGCAGAAGGAUCAAGGCUCCCCUCCUUACAAGAAGCCUCAUGAUCUCAAGAAGGCGUGGAAGGUCGGGGUUCUGACAGCCGUGAUCAAGCACAUGUCUCCCGAUAUUGCCAAGAUCCGGAAGCUCGUGAGGCAGUCCAAGUGUUUGCAGGACAAGAUGACGGCCAAGGAGAGCGCGACCUGGCUGGCCAUCAUCAACCAGGAGGAAGCCCUGGCCCGGGAGCUCUACCCCGACCGCUGCCCGCCCCUCUCUGGAUGUGGCGGCGGCAGUGGAACAUUCGCCAUGAACGACAGCAGCGAGUACGACGUGGAUGUGGGCGACGAGGAGUCCAACUUCGACGUGCAGGAGCAGAAACCACCACCCGCGACGCUCGGGCUAUUGAAUAUCGGGAUGGAUAGGUUUCAAGAUCGGCUUCCGAUUCCGCAACAGUCUCACGCCAUCAAGGACGAACUCAUCACCAACUUAGACUUCUCGAGGAAGAGAAAGCCCGGGUGCGAGCUCAACAUGAUGAUGGAUCAGAAGGUGUACACGUGCGAGUUUCUUCAAUGCCCACACGCUGAGCUCUGCCAUGGCUUCUACGACCGAGCCUCCCGCGAUAAUCACCAGCUAUCUUGCCCUUACAAGCAGUUUGGGGUUCCUAGUUUCAGCAUUAAUGACAUCAAGCCAGUCAUCUUUCCUCAGUCCUUUGUCCAUCAGAAGCCAUCUCCACUCCCCGUCAACCAAACUCCGGCCCCACCCUUUGAUCUCUCCGGCCUAGGGGUCCCAGAAGACGGGCAGAGGAUGAUCAACGAGCUCAUGUCCUGCUACGACAACAAUGUAGUAGGGAACAAGAACACGAAUGCAGGCAGCGCCCCCAAGGACAGCGGCUACCUCCAAACGCAAGGAAUGGUGAUGGACGCCAGCCUAUUCGAAGACGACCACAACCACAACACCACCAACAUUCAUCACAAUCCCACAAUGUUCCGGACAGCUGAUCGGUUCAAUCAAUCGAAGAUGUUGAACACACCUUUCAACACCAACCCUACUGAGAAUUUCCAGCUAAUGUUCAGUUCUCCGUUCAAUAUACCGGCGGUAGAUUUCACCGAGAAUUUCGGGCCGAGGGAUAAUAGCCUGGCAAAGCAGGAUGUUGCAAUGUGGUACUAAAAGUAGUCUCAAUACAGUUUCAAAGGUGGAUUUUUUUUUAAUCUUCACCUGUCUUUUUCUUAGUUUUUACAUGCUGUGGUGUGUUUUUAAUGUUGCUAGAGUUUGAAGAUGUUAUGUAAUAAUCAAUGUGGGGAUUGUGGUAUGGUAUGGUGUCCCAUGUCUUUAAAGAUGCUUUGGUAGAUUAGAUAAGAGCUUAUAAAGAUGUUACAUAAAUAAGGUUGUUUUUAUGGAUAUUUUGGAGUUAGGCUAAGGUCAGGCAGAAAAGGAUAAAGUUGAAUGUGGAUGGCUGUAUUUUGUUGACUGAGGAACUUGGUUUGUGAUUGUGAUUGUA